GUGAGAGCCAGUGCUAAGGAAGGGUUUGAGUGCGUGUCUCGUGUGUUCUGGUCAGUUCUUGUAGUCCUAGAGGAGUCCCCUUUUUACUAGCAUUUAGGUGCUCUUGUGCUAGAACAGACGGUUAAGAAGUGUGCUUGCGGACUAGCAGGGAACCGCAGCCAUGUGGCGGAUUACGGCAGCGCUUCUGGUCGGCCUUCUGAUAUCAAAGGUGUCCCGGGCGCAGUCUGUGGACGAGGACUUCACGCCGAACAUCGAGGCCUCGUGCAAGGCGGGCUACAUGCAGAUCACCGUGUACGUCAAGAACCUGGAGUACAGAGGAGCUGUGCACGCGCGUGACUUCCGGCGGCCCGAGUGCAUGGCGAUCGGCGACGGGUCCAGCUCGGUCACGCUGCAGCUGCCCCUCAUCACGGACAAGGACGACCCUUCGUACUGCGGCGUCCGUGUCAACCAGACGAGCAAGGAGAAGUACGUGCCCGUCGCCGUCCGCAUCCACGAGACGCUGGAGCUCGCCGACGACAAGUUCUACGUCAUCAAAUGCGGCCUUCAGGGCUUCUUCAACAGCAAGAACGAGACGAGCUUCGUGGGGCUGCAGCUCCUGGACCCCGAGCACAAGAAGACGAAGGAGGCCGUGUUCGACCGGAAGUACAUCCUGAGGGCGGACAUGUCCAGGCCCGACACGGCGCACUCCAUGCGGGUCAAGAACUGCUUCAGCUUCGGCGAGCCCAACUACACGGCGCCGCUCACGGACGACCGGGGGUGCCCCGUCGGCAACCUGAUCAGCCCCUUCGUGUACAACGAGACGUCAGGCACCGCGGAGGCCGCCCUCAGGAUGUUCAGGUUCCCGACGUCCAACAGGGUGCAUUUCCAGUGCGACGUCCUCAUUUGCAAAGGCAUGCAAACGUGCGAGUGGUACCCGCCGUGGCUGUGGAUCCUGUGCAUCGUGCUGGCCGUGCUCUUCAUCAUCAUGAUGAUCAUCAACAUCUUCCUGUGCUCCGCCAUGACCUGCUCCUGCACCAAGACGGAGGUCAUCGAGAAGGAGCCGUCCAUCAUCGAGGAAUACGACCCCUACAGGUCGUGGCACGGCUCGCAGUACGGCUCCAGGUACUCGCUGAACGGCAAGGGCUACACCUCCGGCGCCUCCACCAUGAACUCCGCCCGCUCCGUCUCGUCCCACAGCGACCACUACGCCAUCGUCCACUCCCGCCCCAACUCCCGCUACUCCGGCCACCACUCCCUCAAGCACGACAAGCACCACCACCACCACCGCGGGCCGCCCUCGACGACCGGCAGUCACUACUCCGGGAAGUACUGAGGCGGAGGGGCAGGUGGCGCGGUCGGCCUCACGUCUGUCUGUCGGUGGAGGCGUUUAUUUCGAAGGAGGAGUGGGCUGGAUCUUUUUUUUUGACUCAGAGAGAGAUUUAGGAUUUUUUUUUUUUGCGUUUCUUGUCUUCUUUUCCCUUGUCAUUAUUUUAGUCGAUGAUGGGAAUAAGAAAAUGAUUUAUUAUCUUUUUAAAAAAUCAGCCUUCUUCUCUUCCACGCCCGCCUCCUGCGAAGAAAAAAUUAGGAAAACAAACGAUUAAGCGAUAUUGGAAUCUUUGGUGAAAAAUUAUGUGCUCUUUUUUCCGGGGAAGGAAGAAUUCGACCGACGUUUCCCGCUGUCCCGUCUGCUCAACAGAUGGCGACACUGAAAACAAAAUGGCGGCACCUUGCGCGGGAAGUUCAAAUACGCCGGGAGACCCUUCAUCCUCUUGAGUUCCCGGGAAAUCGAAGCCGUUACAUAAAUAAUGACUUUUUAUUAGACCUCCAACAUCAUCCCCGCCACCAAAUCCCCGACGGCCCGCCCUGGCUGCGCCCGGAGACCCAAGAGGCUGCCAGCCGGAGCCGCGACCCCUAUCUUUCAUAAUUGCUUAUUGGAAAUUCAUUUGGCCAAGGCUGGGAUGGAGGCCGGGCUGCUGAGUACGGAAUGUCUUGGGAAUGCAAACCGAAGAACUUUUAUUCAUAGAAAAACACUCCCUCUAGCUGACAUUUCAAAGAAAAAAGAAAAAGCAGCAGAGAAAAUGAGGAAGCACACAAUAGGCCGUUUCCCGAAAUCCCAGAAAUGUUGUUUGUCCCGCCAUUAACCAGCCACUACUCUCGAGCCAAACAAACAGCGCAAACACGGAAUCCAACUCAGUAGAUUUGUGAGUAUGCCUUUCCAGCCACACCUGAGCAGCCGACAUUAUGCCACAGGUUUCCAGGUGCGUCCAUUAUGCAGCGCAGCCCAUCCGCCAUGAAACUCCCGCGAGGCAGGCGGCCAGUUUAGCGUUUCCCUUCGCUAAGCUCGUCCGUGCGCUGAAAAUGGAGCUGGAUUGACGUGCACGGUCGGAAAAGGACACCCAAAUCCUUCAUAUAUAUAUAUAUAUAUAUAUA